UAUAUUUACUGUACUUUUAACUUUGGAUUUACCGAUACCUAUUAUGAUCGACAGAUUUCUUGGGGAAUAAAAUUGUCAGUAAAGAGAAUAAGAAAUAUCCAGUCAAAAUGGAUAUCAUCCGACGAAGUAAAAUAUUCGGAAAAUACCUCGAAAGAGAAAGUUGGAAUACAUUUGCCUAGGAACAAGUUACAGGAAGUAAACGAUUUCUUUUCGAACAGAAAAUUCUCUGUUGUAAAGAUAUUGAAUAACUCGUUAAAACUUGCUUUCGAAAAAUACUCGACUCUGAACAGGUCUAUCGAUAUCAUCAUUGAUCCUCAAGAUCUCAUUCAGAUUAAACGACAAAUUGUUCCAAUAAGAACACACCUGUCUACUGACAUUCUAAAUCAAACGAUUCCUAAUUAUCUGAAACGAUUUAGCAACAUGCCUGCGAUUAAUUAUACGAAAAGAAACCUAUCCUUCAAACUUGUCAAAAGAGGAUCCGAUAGAAAUAAACAGCCCUCGAAAUCGGACUGUCAAGAGCAACGUUCUCCUUUAACCAAACCAAAAAUGGUUUCCAAAAAUGAUCAGAAACUUCGGAUACAAGAGCGUUCCCAAACAUGUUUCCAGCAAGGUUCGGAAGAUCAUCGUCAAAAUGACACACAAAAUGUACACCCUGAGUGUUCUUACUCGAUACAACAGACAAGUCCAUCCUAUUUUAAUAAACCUGAAAGAUACAAAGAUUGCCGAAAAGAACAGACAAAACAUUCCGACGAUCGUAAGAAAGUGAGGAAAUGUGGAAAGGCAUUUGUGGAAGGUUUCGAAGAUCGUAAGAAGUCGGCAGAAAGCGAAAAGUUGCCGACAAAAUGUUUCGACGAACAUAAAAAAUUGACAGAGACUGAUUGCCAGAGAAGCUCAAAAGGUUUCGAGCACUACGAGCAACGACAAAUUGAUCAAACGAAAAGCAGUAAGGUCUUCCAUGCGUAUGAUCAGGAUGAUAGAAAAUCACCAGCUCAGAAGGCGGAUAAAAAAGAAUUAAAAAUUUUAUCGAAGAUGGAUAGAAUUAUGACUUGCGUACAGAAACAUAGUUCCGACACAAUUACAUCGUGUUUACCCAAGAAAGCAGAGAAUUUAAAGCAAAAGAACUCUAGAUGCUCGAAGGACGCAUGCAGUAAUUCAUCGAAUUUGCACGAAGAUAUUCUGCCUGAUCCAGCACCACCAAAAUCUAUUCACUGGUCUGAGAAGAUGAGGAUAGGCCAAUAUAAGAAGAAACAUAGCCCUCCUAUUUGUCCAUCCCCCAUAGUAUUUAUUCCCCAUCAACAAUCGAGUAAAAAGAAUCCAAAAACCGAAGUAUCUCGAGAUUUGCGAGCUGAGGGAUUACAACAUUCGUCAACGGAUUCGCCUUCGUGCGUGGAAUAUCGAACGAAACGUGGGUCCAGUAACGCUCGUUCAUCCACGCAGGAUAGUUACUUGUCUCAGAAAACGAGAUACGAUGAUGGUGACAAAAAGUGCUUUUCUGCCAAAAAAUAUACAAAAAGUCAAACAUCUUUUGUUGCAUAUAAAAGUGGCUCUUGUGAGAAGUCAGAGAACCCGUGUCAAGUAGAAAACGUCAGCGAUUCCAAAGGUGAUGUAUCGAGUUUGAAGUAUGGCUUGAGUAAGCGUCCAAAUCCAAAAGAGAUGCAGACUACUUACAUGAAUCGCAAGCCACGCGAGGUUAAAGCGAGAUCUUUAAAAAAAUUGGAAGAGACAUAUUUGCCCAUUCGAAAGAAGCGAAAGUGUUUCAAGGGAAGUGGCGAAUGGAAAAAGCAGAAAUAUCAAGUUCGGUUGAAGAUUUUUAAGUCGAAAAAUGGCUUGGAUCCAUGUCCACCUACAGUGAUCGAAGUGCAACGCAACGAUCGUUCAUUUAUAGAGGAGAUAAAGAGGCCAAGGUUAAGCCCGGUGCAUCGUGAAAUUUCCAAGUUACUAGAGCAUCCGUGUAAUUUCAAGUGUUGUCGCCUCGACGAUAUUGCCAAGACUAAGAAACGUAUAAAGAAAGGAAAAGGGAAAGUAACAAAGAGGAAAAAAUGUCCGUGA